AUGGUCGCAACUACAGGAGAACAGCUCACUGCAUUAGCAAACACGACCGUCGUCGUGCACCCUCUCGUAUUGCUCUCUGUAGCAGAUCAUCAUGGCCGCGCACUUGCGCGAGGGUCGUCAAAGCGCGUCAUUGGCGUGUUACUCGGACAGGAUCUGGGCAAGACCAUCAAUGUCGCGAACUCGUUCGGUAUUCCUUUCGAGGAGGACGAGCGCGACCCGAAAACGUGGUUCUUGGACCACAAUUAUAUCGAUGGCAUGUACUCUAUGUUCCGCAAAGUAAAUGCGAAGGAGAGGAUAGUUGGCUGGUACCACACUGGCCCUAAGUUGCGCGCGUCUGACUUGGAAAUCAACGAGUUGUUCAAACGUUUCGUACCACGACCGGUCAUGGUCAUCGUAGACGUACGGCCUCACACGGUCGGCAUACCCACGGACGCGUACUUCGGCGUGGAGGAGAUCAAGGAUGACGGUACGGAGACUAGGGCCACCUUCUUACAUGCACCAUCAGCUAUCGAGGCCGAGGAAGCUGAGGAGAUCGGUGUCGAGCACCUCUUACGUGACAUUAAGGACUCGACCACUACAACGCUCGCGACGCGCGUUUCCGAGCAACUCGCUUCUCUUCGCGGACUUGCAUCACGUCUGGGAGAUAUUGAACGAUACUUGAACGAGAUCGCGGCAGGAACAAUGCCCUUGAACCACCCAAUCGCGUACCACCUGCAAGAUGCUCUGAACCUGCUCCCCGACCUGCGCGAACCGCAAUUGACGGGCGCGUUCGCGACGAGCACGAACGACGAGCUGCUCGUCGUGUAUCUAAGCUCGCUCGUUCGCGCCGUGCUUGCGCUACAUGCGCUCGUGGACAACAAGGAGGAGAUCGGACGUGCGGAGAUGGAGGAGGGUACGAAGAAGGAGGAUGUGAAGGAGAACACAGACAAGGAGAAAAAGGAGGAUGCGAAGGAAGGCGAAAAGGAGAAGGACGCUAGCAAGAAGUAG